AUGCACAUUCUCAAAAUAAAUGGAAUCACAAUCGAAUUCCCGUACGAGCCCUAUCCUGCACAGGUUGCCACGAUGACCACUGUUCUGCGAUCAUUCAUAGGCAACAGCGCCUCUCUGGUCGAAUCACCAACUGGAACUGGUAAGUCUCUUGCCAUUCUCUGCGCAUCACUCGCAUACCUAACUCACCUGAGCAAUAACACGCCUGAAAAGAGGCUGAAACAGAGCGAUCCCAGUGAUUCAGGAACCAAUCUGCCUAAAAUCUACAUUUGUAGUAGAACUCAUAAGCAAAUAGACCAACUCAUAGGGCAGUUAAGAAAGACGAAUUACAGUACCAAAAUAGCUGUACUUGGAUCCAGAACGCAGUACUGCAUCCACAGGGACGUAAAACACGCCACUGACGUAAACACAGCCUGCAGGGAGGCAGUGGAGAACAAGAGGUGUCUCCACCGCCACAGGGUGAGUGCCCUAAGAAAGAGACUCGGAGACGUCUACGACAUUGAGGAGAUACGGAAGGAGGGAAUGAGAUGCGGUGGCUGCCCGUACUACGCAUCACGUGAGCUGGUUGAGGAGGCAUCGGUUGUGUUUGCGCCGUACAAUUACGUCAUAGACCCAAGCAUACGAUCAUCGAUGGAUAUUCGACUUGAGAGGGCCCACGUCAUCGUGGACGAGGCGCACAACGUGGAGGACGUCUGCAGGGCGGCUGGCUCGCUCGAAUUCGGCAGCAGAAGCAUCGACGGAUGGCUGAUGGAGCUGAUUGGCGCCCUGAAGAAGGCCGAGCUGCUUGAGAGCGAGGACGAGUCGACUGGAAUCCGAUUCAGGGAGCACUUCUCGUUUCUGGCCCAGCUGAUGAGGUCGUUCAAGGGCAGUUCGUUUAGGACGAACCAGAAAACCAGGGACUUCGCCUACAAAAUGAGCAAGGGCGGUGAAAUCAGGGCGGAAUUGAAGAAGGCGGGAAUUGGGGCGGACGAGCAGGGGCGACUGAGGGAGGCAGCCUCAGCGGUGGCUGGGUCCGAGAGGGCGAAGCAGCUCCUGAGCCAGGGGCUGCUUCGGAUGAUCGAAAGCCUCGACCUGAUUCUCCAGAACGUCCUUGUUUCUGGGCGAGAGCGAUGCUACGCCUUCGUCUUCAAAGUGGUCGAAAGAGGCCCCUCUUCGACCGAGUUCGCCUUCUGGCUCCUCGACCCCUCUCUCGUCUUCCGCCCCCUCGUUUCAACCUGCCUGUCCAUCACGCUCCUCUCUGGGACACUGGCGCCCUUCGACUCGCUCUGCCUGGAACUAUCCCACUCCUUCCAGAACAAGGUCGUGGCUCCCCACAUCCUCAGCAGCGACCAGGUGUUCGUGGCAGCCGUGAGCCACGGCCACCAGGGCGCCGAGCUGCUUGGGACGUACGCCAACUCGGAGAAGCCGCUCUACCUGGAGCAGGUGGCGUCGAUCAUCGGUGACGUGGCUGGGCGAGUCAGGCCACACGGUGGGACACUCGUCUUCGUCCCAAGCUACCACUUUCAGAGGAGACUGGGAUCACUGAUCGAGGAGGCCGUCUUGGAGCCACAGGGCGCAGACAGGUUCGAGGACGCCCUCAGGGACUACAAGAGGAGUCUCGCGACCACGGCACCAGCAACGAUGAUCUGCGUCUACAGGGGAAAGGCAGCAGAGGGAAUCGACUUCAGGGACUCGUUUGCCAGGGCUGUGAUUCUGGUUGGUGUUCCGUAUCCAUCGGUCGUGGAUCCACAGGUGAAGGUGAAGAGGGAGUUCAACGACUCCCUCGGAAACGGAUUCAACGGGUCGCAGUGGUACGGGACACAGGCGAUGCGUGCGGUGAACCAGGCUCUGGGGCGAGUGGUGCGCCAUCCAGGAGACUGGGGAUGCGUGUUCAUGCUCGAAUCACGAUACAGAAAUCAGCAGAUGAAGAGGCAGCUGCCAGGGUGGAUUGGGCCAUUUAUGAGGGAAGUCAGCAGAUACGAGAGAGUGGUGGAUGAGUUCAAUGGGUUUAUUGAGAAGAGUAGUGUGAAAUACGGUAGUGAUAAUAAGACAGUAUUGGAUAGAUUCAUUAUAGGAGAGAAUAAGACUAAUACCAGGAAGGGUGACUCAACUGGUAGGGAUGAUUCAUCAGAGAAGACUCACCGUAAUAAGUGA